AUGCCCGUUUGUGCUUAUGGCCCUACACGAUACGGUGGCGGGCCUGGGCGUCUCCCGUUAAUAGACGCCCAAACCAUGGAUGAUGGAAAAAAGUUAGUGCGCAAAGGGCCGCUGCCUGGAGGGCAAGAGGGGAAGAAACUGGAUGUUUGGCGUAUCGGGCUCGGAUGCAUCGCAUUUUUUGCAGAGCUGGAGCCAUCUCUAUCCGUCACUGAGCAAAACCUGGCAGAACGAGUUCGAUACAUCCUGCGUUCCAAAAUAUUUGGUGACGCCGAACUCGAACGACUACGACGUGAGGCUGUUCCCUCAUCGAAUGGAAAUGCUACGGCUGGGCAUGCGGCGCCACCAGAUGCGCAGCAAACUGCAUAUGUGAAUGCUGCCGUCAAUAUUCCAUUUGUGGUUAAUUCAGAGGAUGAUGAAAUAGUCUCCCAUGAACUAGAGAAAAUGAGGAGCAUAUUGGAAGAGUCGAUGCUGGAAACGCGCAGCAUGCCUCUCGAAAAUCGACCGCGACUUCCCCGCAUUCCCCUUAGCAAGCGAAAUCGGGCUGUCGUGCGGGCUCUUAACCCAAUACUGGUGACCUAUUUGGAAGCCAGCCGGGACCUUUGCGAGACGGACUCAAUUCUUUUUGGCGCCGCACUGGCAGUAUGCCGUAUUAUUGGCGCCAAACUUCCAAUGGCUGGACGUGCUACUCAACAAAGUAGCGCCAUCCCAGCCUGGAGAAAAAUAAUCGAGGACCGUAUCGCACAAGCAAGGCCCCUUAUCGGCAGACUGACAAGCUUCAGGUCGGGUAAUAAUAGACCGAGAGUUGUGCGCACCGUUAGAAUGGCGUUUGCUGGGACAAAUAUUAGUUUGUCCCAGCCGGAUAUCACGCAGAAACUAACGGAGCGCAUAGAUGACCUGAAGCAAAAAAUCGCUGCUUGGGGGAAGCGGAUUCGACGAUUUAGCGACAGGUCAAGGCGGUGCAAUCAGAAUCGUCUCUUCCAGAGUGAUCACAAGAGGCUCUAUAAAUCAUUGGAGCGACCAGAGGUUUGCGGAGCGGGCCCAGAAACGGAUCAGGCUGACACUGUCGCAUUUUGGCGUGGCCUGUGGUCAGAGCCCGUAAACCACAGCGAGGGCCCUUGGAUGGAAGUUGUGGUGAGCCAGAGUGCAAGUGUUACGCCUAUGGACCCCGUCACCAUAACGCCUGAAGACGUGGCUGAGGCGAUCCGUAGGGCCCCGAACUGGAAAAGUCCGGGGCUCGACGGGCUGCAUUAUCACUGGCUGAAGGGACACAACAUUCUUCCUUGUUCUAACCCAACAGACUUAGAAGCUCUUACAACAAAUGAUUUACAUCAACCUCAUUCAUGCGAUCAAAACUCUCAUUUAUUCACUACAGAGCCGACUACACUCACCACCCAUUCUUCCACACAAACUUCAAAUACUCUCACGCAAGUAGAUAUGGUAUACGAUAUUAUUUUAGAAAUAGAUCUUAAAACAUUGGACAAAAAGCUAUAG